GUCGCUUUUGUUUUUGCAGAGCAUGUGGAGUAUUGAGAAAGAGUGAGCGGUGUGUUCCUGGGGGAAUACCCACAGAAAGAAUUGUAGAAUUGUAAUUUUGGACUUUUAACACUUUUCCUGAUCAAAACGCUUAGAAAAUAAGAAACACCUGACUGAAUCUACCAGAAAGUAGUUUUCCAGCCCUCCCUGCUGAUGGAAAUGCGGUUGCUUUGCUCUGACUGAUAGCUGCUGGAACAGACAGUCUAUUUUGCGUAGUGUAUUAGACAACUUUUCUCGAGUCAUCUGUCAGCUGACUUCCUUCUUCCUCUAGCUCCUGUCAAACUGCAGUUUUUUUUCUUCACCGCUUCUCAGGCACAGCCACGCCCCCUGUAGGGGCAAGCUAAGGGCGUGUCCACACCGGAGAAGCGGUGGGAAGACUAACAAGAAGGCUGUACAAUCAUCAAACACACUUUGUCUUGGCUUUUCUUCCUGCUUGUCCAUCAAGCAUGUCAGCACCGGUCAAAUCCGUCUCUCUGCCAGGGAUUCUUCUGUUAUUCCUCGCUAUUCUUCAUGUGGAAGCGCUUAAACCUCACCUUUUAGGCAGACGCAGUGUGACCACCGCUUCCUCCAAGCAGAGAAGCCUGUCUUACAAAACUCUCUAUUUUGAUCAGCAGAUUGAUCACUUUGGGUUUUUGGAGAAUGGUAUGUUCAAGCAGCGGUACCUUGUCAACGACCAGCACUGGCACAAGAACAACGGUCCAAUUCUGUUUUACACAGGCAAUGAAGGAGACAUCACAUGGUUCUGUAACAACACUGGCUUCAUGUGGGACAUAGCAGAGGUACUGGGAGCCGUGCUUGUUUUUGCAGAACAUCGCUACUAUGGUGAAUCCAUGCCAUUUAGAAAUGAGUCUUACAGCAAUGCCAAGUACUUGAACUACCUGACAUCAGAGCAGGCACUAGCUGACUUCGCAGUGCUGAUUCAAUCGCUGAAGAAGACACUGCCAGGAGCCCAGAACAGCCCUGUCAUUGCCAUUGGAGGCUCCUACGGUGGAAUGCUGGCCGCUUGGCUGAGGAUGAAGUACCCCAACGAAGUUAUAGGUGCUUUAGCUGCGUCUGCUCCAAUCUGGCAGUUCACUGACAUGGUGCCUUGUGGUGAUUUCUACAAAAUAGUCACCCAAGACUUCGCCAAUAGUGGAAUCAACUGCAGCAAAAACAUCAGGAGGUCGUGGACGGCGAUCAACAAUUUGUCCUCAACAGCUGAAGGUCUGCAGUGGCUGUCUAAGGAGUUUGGCCUGUGUUCUCCGCUGAAGGAAGAGGAUAUAAACGACUUCAAGGCCUGGCUCCAGGAGACCUGGGUGAACUUGGCGAUGGUUGAUUACCCUUACGAGGCCAACUUCCUCCAGUACCUCCCAGGCUGGCCUAUUAAGGUUGUCUGCACUCACCUUCAGUUUGAUACUGACGUGCCAGACAAGCAGCUGUUACAUGGCAUCUCGCAGGCAGUGAGAGUAUACUACAACUACACAGGCAGUGCUGUUUGUCUUAAUGUGUCUGAGACUGCUACUGGAAGUCUAGGAAUUGUGGGUUGGUUUUACCAGUCUUGCACAGAGAUGGUGAUGCCCAUGUGUACAGAUGGCAUUCAAGACAUGUUUGAGCCUAUGGCAUGGAACUUCCAAGCUUUCUCUGAUGAGUGCUAUUCUCUGUUUGGGGUACGGCCACGGCAGGACUGGGCUGAUACGGUUUAUGGAGGGAAGAACAUUAGCUCCCAUAGCAACAUCAUCUUCAGUAAUGGAGGCCUUGACCCUUGGAUGAGUGGUGGGGUAACUAAGAGUCUCUCUGACUCUCUGGUUGCCAUUUUGAUUCCUGAUGGAGCUCAUCACCUUGACUUACGCUUCAACAAUGAAUAUGACCCACAAUCGGUCCUCCUUACCCGGGCACUGGAAGUGAAGUACUUCAAGCAGUGGAUCAAACAGAAUACAAGUGCACAAUAACCAAUCAGGACAGUAUAUAGAGACUGAGUAGGUCAUGGCCUAACUAAAUCUUACCUUAAGGAUAUCAACAGGUUGUGCUGUCCACCAAAGAUUUUUUUUUACUAAACCUUACCAAAGAAUGUGUUUGUAUGUAAUUACACUUUUUAAAAAAAUAUUUCAGAAUAAAUUGGAUGAGCGUGGUUCUGUCCAAUCACUUAAAUAAUUUCAUGACCGAUUUUAGUGAUGUGUGUGAACCCAAGUUCCAGAUCAAACAGAAUUCUUGUUUUAACAGUGUGAUUAAUUAUAUCUGUUGUACUUGUUAACUUCCUGUGUAAAAAAUCCCAAAGGAACAAUGAAAACAUUAACUUGAAAAAACAAAAACUGCAAGAUAACAGAAUCCAAACAAAAUAUCUAAUUUCCUGCUCUUCCUCAGCUGCUCUUGUGUGAUUUAAUGAAAAUGCCGCAACAGACGUUGAGCAAUAAAGUGGCUAGUGGGAGGCUAGUUGUGUAAAGCAAGGAGACCAUGCCCCAUGCAGUCUGAGCCACAGGACUCCCCCAGACUCCCAUUCAUUCAUUGGCAUCACAAACCCCUCUGAAUUGCUGUACCUUGACAUCCCUUCAUCUGCCCCCUGCUAGUAGGAUUAUUAAUACUACAGACGGAGUGCAGACGAGCGUUUGAGCUUGAUGGUGAGCUAAGGUUGAGGGGUGAGACUUCGGAGACAAAGUGACAUUUGAAUGGGAUGAAGUGAUGAAUGAUAAUCAACCAUCGUUAAAUGUUGGUAGCUCCUAGUAGGAAUCUAGUAAAAUCACUACUAGGGCUGUGGCAUCUACAGGUAUUUGUUGUAAUUAUACAUCACAACACUUGAUUUGAUUCACUUCAGUUAAAUAAAGCUUUACUGACCUAA